UACAGAAUCCUCACCAUGGAUGGGCUCAUUGAGGAUAUCAAGCGACGCCGGUACUAUGAGAAGCCUUGCCGCAGACGACAGAGGGAAAGCUAUGAAACCUGCCGGAGGAUCUACAACAUGGAAAUGACUCGCAAGAUCAACUUUUUGAUGCGAAAGAAUCGGCCAGAUCCAUGGCAAGGCUGCUAAGGCCUGUGGAUACUAGGCCCAGUAGGAAAACACUUAUCUGGUUGUAUCUCCAUCUCUUUUCUUUCUGCGACCGUUUCUUGCAAUAAACUCAAUCACGUAUAUACAA